GCAUGAGCGUGCGCUCGGUAGUACCCAGGGGAACAUGGCGGCUGCUCCUUUGGACGAGAGGGAUUGAGAGGUGCGGAGGUAGGAGGUCGACAGGAGGGACACACCCGGCAGUGAACCGGAGCACUUCGCUCUUCAUUCACUAAGAGCUCUGCUCCGUGCCAGAAGUGACUUAGAACAUCACUAUGGCUACAGAAAUUGGUUCUCCUCCUCGUUUUUUCCAUAUGCCAAGGUUCCAACACCAGGCACCUCGACAACUGUUUUAUAAGCGACCUGAUUUUGCACAGCAGCAAGCAAUGCAACAACUUACCUUUGAUGGAAAACGAAUGAGAAAAGCAGUAAACCGAAAAACUAUAGACUAUAAUCCAUCUGUAAUUAAGUAUUUGGAGAAUAGAAUAUGGCAAAGAGACCAGAGAGAUAUGCGGGCAAUUCAGCCUGAUGCAGGUUAUUAUAAUGAUCUGGUCCCACCUAUAGGGAUGUUGAAUAAUCCUAUGAAUGCAGUAACAACAAAAUUUGUUCGAACAUCAACAAAUAAAGUAAAGUGUCCAGUAUUUGUUGUUAGGUGGACUCCAGAAGGAAGACGAUUGGUCACUGGAGCUUCUAGUGGAGAGUUCACCUUGUGGAAUGGACUCACUUUCAAUUUUGAAACAAUAUUACAGGCUCAUGAUAGCCCAGUGAGGGCCAUGACUUGGUCACAUAAUGACAUGUGGAUGUUGACAGCAGACCAUGGAGGAUACGUGAAAUAUUGGCAGUCGAACAUGAACAACGUCAAGAUGUUCCAGGCACAUAAGGAGGCGAUUAGAGAGGCCAGUUUCUCACCCACGGAUAAUAAAUUUGCUACAUGCUCUGAUGACGGCACUGUUAGAAUCUGGGACUUUCUUCGUUGCCAUGAGGAAAGAAUUCUCCGAGGGACCAAACCCAUGGGAAUUGCCCUGACCAGGAAUCAAACCAGGGACCUUUUGCUUUGUGUGAGGACACCCAACCAACUGAGCCACACCUGUCAGGGUGAAUUUUGUUUUUUAUGUGGGGGCUCUUUUUAUUUUAAGUUUUUCCUAUGGAAAUUUCAAACAUGCUCAAAAGUAUCAUGCAUCUGUUUGUACUUAAAGGAUUUAUGUUAUAGCUUAUUUGUGUUUUUCCUUUUUUAAAAGAAUAUUUUACUUGCUUUAUAGUUGAUGGUUUUUUUCUUAAUAUCUCAAUGAGUAUAUGGGAUAAAUACGACUGUUUUAAACCAAGUUAAUUAUACCACUCAAGUAGUAGUUUUAAUAGCAGGUCUGGUGUAAUGGGUUAGUUAUUAGAUUCCAAUACCCAUUUUCUGUCAUUCCUUGUUUUUUUUAAAUUUUCUGAAUUUGAGAAGAUUAUAAAAUAAUGAAACCAAUGCUAUUAUAAUUGUCCUCUUUCACUUGGUUGGUUGGGGAUCAGGGGAUGAUGGAACUCUAGUUCCUUAAGUCAAACAAAUAGGGACAGGACCUUCCAACUUCUAAAAGUUGCCCUAUGUAUAGAUGACAUGUUCUUGUAUCCCAUACACACUGUACAACAUUGGGCAGGUAAGCAUAUGCCUAUGGCAUGUUAGUGUUGUAUCUAUCAGACCAUCAUUUGGGAUUAAGUAUUUAAAAAAUCCAAGAACAUUUUAAUUGAAGGGGAGGUUCAUGAUCAUUCAGUCUAACUCUUUAUUAAAUACUUUCCUUUUCUGCAUCAUUCCUAAAAGCAAUCUUGUGUUCAGACAUUUUUAGUAAUAAUUACAUAGCUCUGAUUUUCAGAGAGUUUUGUUAUAUCAGAAAUCUGCAUCCUUACAGCUUAUCCUGCCUCGGAAACAUGAAAAAUUAAGUCUGCUCUGCUCCACAUGGCACUCUUUGGGGUAUUUGAAGACAGCUGUCAUGUCUUCUUAAUGUAGUCUUCAGCCUUAAAUGUGCAGAAUCCCUGUGUAUGCAGAAGCCAUGAUACUGUGCUACCCAGUGCAGUCCUUUCUGAGAUUGUUCUUAGGAUUCUUGGAAAGGAAGAAAUUCCGUAAGAAAGAGUAAUCAGUAUUUUUAAGGUUAUAAUGAGCAUAAGUCUAUUGUCAGAAAACUUGCUAUUCAAAAGGUCAAGAUUGGUCCAUAUGCUGGAAAAACAUAGGCACUUGGAAAAUUGAAUAUAGUGUAACAUUGAGAAGUACCAUGAAUAUGUCUACCCAUAUGCAAGUCAGCAUCAUAUAUACACAUUUAUCCUUUUCUAGUAUGAAUUACAGCACUCGGUUUAUAGAUUGGGAUUAAAAUAACAUUUAAGCAGCAGGAAUGUAUAAGCUUCUAGAUUACUGAUGUUUACACAUUUGACUCUAAGUGAAAUAAACCCAUUAAAAUUGAUUAAUUUAGUUAGCAUAUACUAUACACACUUUCGUAGGUAGGUUUUUGUAUAUUUAAAACAAGUUAUAAGCCCUGUCAUGCUUCUUAAAGUUCAAGGGAAAAGUAACAUUUUUAGAAGUUCAAGAUGUUGGAUAGUAUGGGAGAAGAAUCAUGAUAGUGUUAGACGUAUAGUUUGUUAGUGAAGAGUUAGAAGCAGGUUACUUAAUGACCAGCUAAAAUGUAAAUGAGAAGGGUUGAAAAUAUGGAGUCAGCAAGAAGUGAAUUUUAGUGAGAAGCAUAAUAUUCUUUAAAGGAAUUCAGGCUGCAAGUUCCUCAUGCUUGAAUUUUGUUUUACCUUCCUGAUUUUAACAAUAAUAGCUGACACAUUAUAAUUACUAUGUAUCAGUCCUGUUCUAAGUAUUUCAUUUAGUUUUCCUAAUAACCCUGUGAGACAGAUACUUUCAUCCACAGUUUACAAAUGAGUAAACAAGGUAGGAAAAGUCAAGUACCCAAGGUCAUAUUUGAACCUAGGUUGUUUGGUUCUAGAGUUCAUACUAUGUUUAACUGCCUCUUUUAUGUUUUAAAAGUAACAUCAGCAAUAAUGUUUUCCUGAGCUGUGAUGACAGAAUUGUAGAGGUUUUUUUUGUUGUUGUUUUUUAAAAGGAGAGGGAUGUGGGUAGAAGGAACUCAUUUAGGUAACUCAAGUUCAUUUUUCCAUUCUUUUUAACCCAAAAAUUUAAACACAAUGAACAGUUCAAACUGCAAAUGGGUUAUCAGGUACAUACUAGGUUAUAUAACUAGAACAUGGACAUAAGGAGUUAUACUGAGACUUAUUCAGGAGAUGAUACCUGUUUUCACUUUUUAAAUACAUCACUCAUGGAGAGGAAAUGAACCCCUGAGUACACACAGCUUGAGAAAAAGAAUAUUAUUAAUACUUUUGAAAAGUCCCAUGUAUUCCUUCCUGUUUGCAUUUGACUGAUUUUUAAUAAAUGAGAUAAACCCCUCCGCAAAGGUUUUGUGGUUUAGCAGUGUGUUUUUGAACUGUAUGAAGAAGAUGUGUAUAAAGUCUGAGUGUUUCAAAAGUCUGUAAUACUUUUUAUUGGAAAUUCAGUUGUUAAAGUAAAAUUGACAAACCACGUAGUUUAUGAUUUAAAGGACAUUAGUUUUUUUAUUUUAAGAUUUUAUUUAUUCAUUUUUUAGACAGAGGAGAAGGGAAGGGAGAAGGAGAGGGAGGGAAACAUAAGUGUGUGGUUGCCUCUUAUGCACCCCCAGCUGGAAUCCUGGCCCAUAACCCAGGCGUGUGCUCUGACUGGAAAUGGACCCGUGACCUGGUGACCGGUUCGCAGGCCUGUGCUCACAGAAUCCUGUGUGUUUUUUCCAAGAUUAAAAACAGAAGCACCCAUCUUUGUUUAAAAUAGCCUGUAGCAGAAAAACUUCUUCCACUAACAUAGUAUGCUUUAAUAUUAAAGCACUUCAGGCAUAUCUUAUUUAAUUAUCCAUCAACAAUGUGGACCCAUGUUACAUGGGGACACCUUUUUUCUCUAUCUGGGUUUGCUUAUUUUGGGGAAGAAUUUAUUUAAGGCUCUUGUCUCUCUGCUUUCUUAAAAGACUGGAUCAUUGUAGGUUUUCCUAUGUAAAUAAUUAUCUGAGUAUAAUAUGAAAGGGGAAAAGAUUUAAUACUUACUUCUAAAGCACACUACUUAAAUUAGUGUAGUAAGGCCCUAUUCAUUUACAUUCAAACUUUUACAGAAAUUAUUUUAGAUUUUUAUAUUUGGCUUUGUUACUUCUAUCUCGAUAUUUACAUCUUGAAGAUCUCUAUCUUGUUUUAAACAUUGCACAUAAUAUGGCAAAAACUUGUUGAAAAGAAAUCUGUGGCUUUCUUGGAAUGGCAGUGCUGUGUGUUGCUGCCAUCAUAUUCAGUGUUCUAACUGAGUUGAGAGGGAUUCCCAGACACUCCUGUACGUAAACAUUCCAGUUUUUUGACAGUAACAAAUUACUAUGAUUUACAAUGUGGGCAGCCAGCUUUCAGACAGAACCUUUGAAUCUUUGUGUUUAUUAAAUAUGCUAUAAUUUUCUACUUUAGUUAACUUUGAGUGAUGAGACUUAAACAAUUUAGUCAUCCUGCUAUAUUGUAGGGCUUCCUAGCUAAUUAGAUUUUUGAUAGUUUUUACAGUUAAAAUUCAGAGAUUUGGAAAGAGUUGAUAAAAUUAGCUAAAUAUAUAAUAGGCUUUUGACUUGUUAGUAGGUGUGUCCUUUAAUAAAAAUAUAUGAUUAGAAUAUGGUGUCAUAAAAAAUAGUUAUUUGUAGUGAUUAAGUACUGCAACAGAUGCUUUUUUCCCCCAUUCACUUGUUCUUUUACUCACCUUGUUAUGUAUAGCAGAAAACCGUUGUUUGAUUUAAAUCAUAUUUCAGGAAUUUUGAGUAGUAUGUAUAGUACUACUGAUCAGUUUAGUUUAAAGAGACCAGAAUAAGAAUUUCUGUUUAAAAGAGGUGAUAGUUUCUAGGUCACUUACUCUUUUUUACAGAUUGUUUCAUAACAUAGUCUUAAUUUUUCCACAGUGCACUGUUAAAGUCUCUCAAGGCCAUUCCAUUGAGGCCUCUUUGUGUUUUUUCCCCUUGAAUAUAUUUUAAUAAAAUUCUCUUUGAGAGAACUUGGCUUUUUACAUGGUUUUAGAAUAGCUAGUUAUUUGGAUUAGCACAGUGAAUUAUAUCUAUGUUAACUUGCUAAUGUUUUUACAUAUUAUGGUCGGUCUCUAGGGAACACCAGGAAGAAAGGCUGUGGUAUCUUUGAGCAAGUGGUAGGUAAGGGCUUCUCUACAGCCCAGUGUCCAGCUUUGUUAUAGCCACCACGCCCCCCACCAACUGGUAUAUGCCUCUUGUCUGUAGUUCUUCUGGCAAAAGUACUGAUGUUAUGUAGAGAUCCAUUGUAAAAUACAUAGCUUAAAAAGUGUCUGAGUUGUUGCUUUUUUUCAGGCUAUGUACAUAUUUUCUUCCUUUUUAAAUUAUUCCAGUGUUGAAUCUUGAGCAUUCUCUACACCUAACAUUACCAUCUUCCUUUGCCUGUCACAGGUUGUGGGAGCCCCUAUUCAGUUUCCAGGUUUGUUUUGUCAAAGAUGACAAUUAUAAGUGUUCUACCACAUUAAAACAGUUAGGAAAUACUAAGGGAAGUCAACAUGAGUACAGAACCAAGGAGUGCAAGGGUGAGUUCUAGAAACUCCAUACCAGAGUUAAAUCUCCAACAGAAAAUUUUUAUGUAGCAUUAAAUAAAAGUAAUUUGUGAUACCAGGAGUCAUCAAAAGAUUGAGUAGUAGUUUGUGUUCCUGUGAAGCCCAGUGACUGCUUUUUCUAAUAAAUAUUAAUUAGCCUCCACUUUCCUGAAAUGAAUUUCAUUGGUAAUGACCACUGCACAUAAAACUUUUUUGAAGGGGGACUGUGCAUGGAUGCAUGCAUGCACACACACACACAGGCUCUGAGAAGAAAAAUCUUUACAAGUAAAGUGCUCAUUAAAUGACAUUAUGGCUUCCAUUUGAGAACCAGUGCAAAAGCAACAUUAGCAUAAAGCAACCCUAUUUUUAUAGCAUUAGUGGAUGGGGUCAGGCUAUUGUAGACAGCCCAUAGGUAUUCUUUUGGACUAAUCUGUGGAUCAGGGUAGAGGAUCAUAGCUGCAGGAUUGAAAGGUCAUUUCCAAAAAGUAAGUUUUCAUUAGAUGUUUGUUACCUGUGAGGCAAGUAUUCAAAUCUUUUCUUGGUCUCAGUCCCUUUUAACUUAAAAAAAAAAUUAAUCUAAAGAAGGCUUACCAUGCAGGUUUAUAGGUGAUUCAAACUACAAGUUCUUCAGAUAUCAGGAUUCAAGAAGACACUGUGAUGUUAAACUUUAUGGUGGCAUUUAAUUAUUGAUGAUUAGGAUAGGAAAAGGUCUGGAAAUCACUAGAAGAGUAAAGGGAAGUUUAAUACUCAGUUUGGAUAACAGAGACUUAAGAGUCAUUUACAAAUAUUUAAAAGACUUUAUAUGAAAGAAUUGGAUCGAAUGUAUUUAGGGAUGGGGAGGAUGUAGGACUUCAUACUUGGAUUAAACUAUGGAAAUUUGUUUUUGUAGAGAGACUAGCACUGUUAGGCUUGCUUUGCUGAAGUUGUGUCAUGGUUAGCUUGCCAGCUGUUAGGGAGACUAGAGGACAUUCCCUUUCCAGAGGAAUGGUUUGAUUUCCUGUUUUAAGGAAGACUCAAAAGUCUGAAAGUGGACAACACAUUGGAUACAAAGGGUUAUUAAGUAGAUAGGAUAUGUCCCAGGAGGACAUACUGCCAACUCUGCGCCAGAAUUGUUUUUGUUGAGACAUGAUAUCAUUUAUUACUGUUACUUGAAGUAGCCUUAAAACCACCUAAAUAUUUUAAAAUAUUUGUUCAUACUUUAAAUUAUAUAUAUUCAUAUAUAUGAAGUGUACAAAUCUCAAGUGUACAGUAUGAGGUCAUUUUUUACAUAUUUACACACUGUUGUAACUACUUUCCAGAUCAAGGUAUAGAAUGUUUUCAACACUCAAAAGAUUUCUUCAUGCUUUUUUCCACCUAAGUCUUUAUUUGGUAGGUUAAACUUUCAAAGGUAUUUUCAUUAAAUUUCCUUAGAAAAUAAACUUGGAGGAGAGUAAUACUCUUCUCCAAAUUUAUUUUGCCAUUUUAUGGUUUCUGUGAUCUUUCUCUUGUGUAGUGCGGCUGUCUUAAUUUCCUUUUUUUGAUUUGUCACUGUGUUCUUUGGGAAAUUUUUUUUUUUUUUUCCUGAUUAGCUUCAUUUCCCGCUACUAAAAGUAAUACAACCAGUCAGUAUAUCAAGAGUAUCGUAUAUUAUUAUAAUCACAGGUUCUGGAAUGUGAAUUUUAGUCACAGUUUUAUCCCUUAUCUUUUAGUCACAGUUUUAUCCCUUUAGUCACAGUUUUAUCCCUGUGACAUGGAAACCAGUCAUGUUUUUGUGUCUAUGGUCUCAUUUAUAGAGUGGCGAUUAAUAAUUAGUCCUGACUUUACUGAGUUGUGAGAAUUAAAUGGGUUAAUACAUGAGAAGGAUUGAACUGGUGCCUUAGAGAACAUUCAGCGUUAUGUCAUUUGCAAAGAUAAUUUCAGAGCUGCUUUCAUACCUCUGCCUAUCUAAGAUGAAAAUGGUUAUUUUAGAAGUAUAUUUUGCUCUCUUCAUUUAAAUAGUUUUUAGCCAUUGCCAUUACUUACUAUAGUAGUAAGGUUUUUAUUUACAGGUAGUCCACCAAUAUCGUGGACCUUAAAUAUGACCACCAAUUUAAACAAACUUGUCAUUGUUUUCUAAUGUUUUUACAUGUAAAAUAUUUAGCACUUAAAAUUGGCCUUUUUAAGUGUACAGUAUGAGGUC